GAUCAACUGUGUCAACUCUAUUUUUCAAACGUUGUGUUACCGUUGAAACUCAAUUCAUGAACGUUAAAGAUUUCUUCUUUCAUUGAUUCUUACCACUUCGUACUAUACUAAUUCUAGAGAUACCCUGUUUAUACCGUAUACCAUUUAACCAUUUUGCGAUUGGAGACUUGCGUCGAUCGAGAUCGAUUGACCUAAUCAAACGAUAUUAGGCGUUUGCGCUGGCAUUCCAUCAUAUCAACAAUACCAACGGAGUGUCUCACAAUCGAUUCAAUCGGCAUCUUGGCCGAUAAUAAUAUACGAUGGACGGUUCUCAUUCACGACCACCUGGAUACGCUCUUCCAGGAUAUGGCGACGAUGAUGAUCACCUCGAUCACCUUGACCACAUGACAACUGGACCAGGCGGAAACCCAGCAGCAGUGAGGUUAUUGACAUCUAUGGAAGAACCAUUAUCAGAUCCUCGACCUAUCCGACCAUCACCUCGUCGAACAUACCAACCAUCAAUUAGAUCCACACGUUCACGAACAUCCUCUAUUCUCGAUCCCCCACAUAUCACGCCGAUAAACUCCGCCUACGAGCAGUACCGAUCACGAGACACUAGUUCUCCUCGACCGUGGACACCAUCUUCGAGAAUGUCCGGAAUAUCAGAUUAUUCGCGGCCGCCGCAUUCUGGUGCGCAGUACGAGCCAGCAGAUAUCAACGGCAGCCCUAGACCCGGAACGCCCUCUUCAAGAUAUGGAGGUAGUCCUCGAAGACCGUUGCCUCCUGCUCCACAUUUCACUGCGUCCGCGAGAGAUUCACAGUACACAGCCGACGACGCAACAGUAAGCAUCCCUCUAGACGAUGGUAGCGAUGACGUAUUCGGACCCGGAGAAUCAGAUAUUAGUGGUGGAAGACCAUACCACGACAUGUACGGUGCGCAAUCACAAGUCACCCUUAGUGAGGAGGACUCGCAAGCGCCUAUGGACGAGAAGGUAGAAUAUUACGGCGCUGCUCCAGAAGGCAAACAAGAACGCCGUGGUGUUCGAGCGCCACUCACCUCCAAGAAGGAGGUACAACUAAUCAACGGUGAACUCAUCUUGGAGUGUAAAAUCCCGACCAUUCUGUACAGCUUCUUGCCGCGCCGCGACGAGGUUGAAUUUACUCACAUGCGGUACACGGCCGUGACGUGUGACCCGGAUGACUUCGUGGACAAGGGAUAUAAGCUGAGACAGAAUAUCGGACGGACGGCACGAGAGACGGAGUUGUUCAUCUGCGUCACCAUGUACAACGAAGACGAGAUCGAUUUUACUCGCACUAUGCAUGCGAUUAUGAAGAACGUGAGCCACUUCUGCGGACGCAACAGGUCCCGUACGUGGGGCGAGACUGGAUGGCAGAAGAUUGUCGUCUGUAUCGUAUCCGACGGUCGAGAGAAGGUUCAUCCGAGAACGCUCGAUGCGCUGGCCGCAAUGGGCGUCUAUCAGCACGGCAUCGCCAAGAACUUCGUCAACCAGAAGGCUGUACAGGCUCACGUAUACGAAUACACAACACAAGUCUCACUUGACGCAGACCUGAAGUUCAAGGGCGCUGAGAAGGGUAUCGUCCCUUGCCAGAUGAUAUUCUGUCUCAAGGAGAGGAACCAGCGAAAGCUCAACUCGCAUCGUUGGUUUUUCAAUGCCUUCGGCAAGGCCCUAAACCCCAAUGUCUGUAUCUUGUUAGAUGUCGGUACAAAGCCUGGAAAUAAUUCCCUAUACCAUCUAUGGAAGGCUUUCGAUACCGAUUCUAAUGUCGCGGGAGCUUGUGGGGAGAUUAAGGCGAUGAAGGGCAAAUUCGGAAGCAAUCUCCUAAACCCGCUCGUGGCGUCGCAAAACUUUGAGUAUAAGAUGUCGAACAUCCUAGACAAGCCUCUAGAGUCUGUCUUUGGUUACAUAACGGUGUUACCCGGCGCUCUGAGUGCCUAUCGUUAUCACGCUUUGCAGAAUGAUGAGACGGGCCACGGACCGCUUAGUCAGUACUUCAAAGGGGAGACCUUACACGGCCAGCACGCCGACGUAUUUACUGCAAAUAUGUAUCUUGCUGAGGAUCGUAUCCUAUGUUGGGAACUAGUCGCUAAGAGGAACGAGAGAUGGGUCUUGAAAUAUGUCAAGGGUUGUACAGGCGAAACAGAUGUGCCUGAUACUGUUCCCGAAUUCAUCUCUCAGCGACGUCGAUGGCUCAACGGCGCGUUCUUCGCUGCUGUGUAUUCCCUCGUUCACUUCAAACAGAUCUGGACGACGGAUCACACAAUCGCCCGCAAGAUACUUCUACACAUCGAAUUUGUGUAUCAAUUCCUCCAACUUCUAUUUACCUACUUCUCGCUCGCCAACUUCUAUCUUGCCUUCUACUUCAUCGGCGGUGGGCUUACGGAUCCUUCUGUCGACCCCUUUGGGCAUAAUAUCGCGCUAUAUAUGUUUACUGUACUCCGCUACACGUGUGUACUACUUAUCAGUAUGCAAUUCAUCAUCUCUCUAGGCAACCGACCGCAAGGCGCGAAGAAGCUUUACUUGGCUAGUAUGAUUAUAUAUGGUAUAAUCAUGGUAUAUAACACCUUCGCGACAGUCUUCAUUGUGAUCCACACAAUCAAGGGCGAUCAGCUUAAACUCGGCAAUAAUACGUUCACGAAUCUGAUUGUCUCGACGGCGUCAACGGUGGGGCUAUAUUUCCUCAUGAGCUUCUUGUAUCUAGAUCCAUGGCACAUGUUCACAAGUUCGGCACAAUAUUUCGCUCUGCUUCCCAGCUAUAUCUGCACACUACAGGUGUACGCCUUCUGCAAUACACACGACGUCACAUGGGGUACAAAGGGUGACAACGUCAUGAAGACGGACCUAGGAGGCGCCACUGGACAGGGCAAUACGGUCGAGCUCGAGAUGCCUUCCGAACAGUUGGAUAUCGACAGCGGGUACGACGAGGCGCUAAGGAACCUAAGAGAUCGCGUCGAGGUACCGAAGUCGGAAAUAAGCGAAGCCCAGAUGCAGGAGGACUACUAUAAGAGCGUGCGAACGUACAUGGUUGUCAUAUGGAUGGUAGCUAAUGCUAUCCUAGCCAUGGCCGUCUCCGAAGCCUAUGGAUACAAGGAAGUUGGCAGCAACUUCUACCUCACGUUCAUCCUGUGGUCUGUGGCGGCGCUGGCGCUUUUCAGAGCUUUGGGGAGUUCCACGUUCGCCAUCCUGAACGCGAUCAAUAUGGUCGUCGAGGGCAGAGUACGACUUAGUCUGAAAGUACCAGAGUGGUUCCACGAUUGGAUGGGUGGCGUCAGUAGUAAGGUCAGCGAUACGAUAAGUAGUAUCGGGAGCAGCGUCCGUUCCUGAGUUGCUUUUCUUACUAUCUCAUCAUGGCCACCUAAAAAGGAAUAUUUGGGUGGCCUGGCAAUGUGUUCCGAUUAAUGACAUUUUCUUCUGGAAGUUACUUCUUCUUUACGCCACAUUUGCAGAUGGACGACACGGGAUUGACGAAAAUUUGGGCAUUAAGGAUUCUUGAUUUGGGAUGUUUAUGGGGGUUUUUUAAUGCUCGUAUGAUGCGACGCCCCCCGCCUCGUUUCGGAGUUGAGUUGAAUUGACGAUUAAGGGGGAAAAGGGAAACGGCAUAGGUAAAUAUACUCACGGAUGGCAAAUCUCGGAGUGGGGAGGGGGAUGGGAGUGGGUGUGGAGUAGGAGUGGGAGUAGGCUUUUACGGUGACGAAGGCACAGGCUACCUACUUUGAUGUAUUGUAACUUUAGUGUUAAUCGCUGCUGCGUUUUUUCUCAUCUGGGAGUCGCGGUUACGAUCGUGGUUUUUUUUACGAUGCUGCUUAAUUAGACCAGGAGUUGAUCAUGUUUGUUUGAGAUAAUGUUGUUGGAUGUUAUGUUUUGCCUAGGUAGAGAUGGCAAAAUGGGGGAUGAUACCCUGAUAUUCUUUUUUAUUGA